CAUAAAUAAUAUAAUUAAUGGGUUAAUUUUUAUCGUAACCAAUCACUUAAAAAAUGCAUGAUUGGUAGUAAAACGGGAUAUUGUAAUGCCAUACUACAUCAAUGCAAGGUUAGUUAUUUAAUAUCAUAUUAUAGGUUGGAGACUUUAAAUGGAAGAUGCCCAUAUUAUGAAAGUAGAUUUUAAAGAAGAUAUAUCAUUAUUUGCUGUUUUUGAUGGACAUGGUGGUGCUGGGAUUUCAAAUUACUUGGCAAAUAAUUUUUUAGAAACUUUAGUUCAACAACCUUCAUUCAUAGGUGAAGAUUACAAUUAAGCUUUACAUGAUUGUUUUAUACAAUUGGAUGAGAUGAUAAAAAACAAUGUGGCUAAAAGUAAUCCUAUAAUCCUAUAAACCUUUUUAGAUACAUUUAUAGGUUCGACAGCAGUAGUAGCUUUAGUAGUUAAGAAGACUUUAUAUGUAGCGAAUUUAGGAGAUUCUCGUUGUCUUCUUAUGCGUGAUGAUGAAACAAUAGAGUUAACAAAAGAUCAUCUUCCUUGUAAUGAAUUGGCUAGAAUCAGAUUUGCAGGAGGAUUUGUUAAUGAAGAAGGUCGUCUAAAUGGAACACUAUCAGUUUCAAGAGCUUUUGGGGAUUUUGAAUUCAAAUAAGAACCAUUACCUGCUAAUUAACAAAUGGUAAUAGCUGAACCUGAAAUAAGAAAGAUAAAAUUAAAUAAGGAUGACAGGUAAAAUUUAGUGUAAAUAAGUAGAUUCAUAUUUCUAGGUUGUGAUGGAUUAUUCGAAACCAUGAAUAGUUACAAAGUUAUGUAAUUCAUUGGAGAAAGACUUGAAAAGAGUAUGGAACCACCAUUAAUACUUGAAAAUUUACUCGAUUCUUCUUUGGCUAUCGAUACUACUACUGGUUAUGGAUGUGACAACAUGACUGCUAUGCUUAUAUUGUUGCACAUCUGAAUGAUAUUCAAUUUAAAAAAUUAUACAACUAUCAAUAAAAUAACUCAUAUG